AUGACGACUCCAGCGCAUCCGAGCGCAGAGCAAGUGCUGGCGAGCAUUGAACAGGCAGGCGGCGAAAUUCAAGAUUCCCGGACUCUCUCGCCUGUGCAAAUGCUGCCGUUGAAUGAGCAAGCGAGUCGUAUUCUCCAGAGCUCGAGUGAUGCACAAGAUAAGGAUGAUCUCCAAGCUGAGGAAGCUGCUCAUAAAGCUGCAGCUGCCUGGCAGAUCGGUCUGCAAGGUAUUUUGCUUUCACUUCAAAGCAAGGAGAUGAUUAAUUUCCGCAGCAUAGAUGCGCAACCUUUGUUUCUCACGCUGGAUGGCCGUCAAACGAUCCGUCUUGGAUCGCCCGAGUAUCGUCUAUGGAGUGCCCUUCCCGAAACGGGCGAGGGGCGAAGUCAGCCAGAUCUAGAGUCUAUGCUGGGGAAAGAUACGUUCAAGCUAGCCCAAUCGCGUGCGUUUCGUAAUAAGAUUGUUCGGCGUCUGCCCGAUGGAACGUUCGCCCGUGCGGAAUCGACACUAGACCAACAGCUAGGGGACGAGACGCGAUCCGAACUUGUAGAGCUUGCUAAGACAGGAAAGCUGCAAGGAGAGGGUGCAGAUAAAAAGAUCGCUGAGCUCAAGAAGCGAAAGAUGGUCGGUCAACGAAAACUCUUGUACUUCUCAAUGGCCAAGGGACCGCAAUUUGCUCUUACGGUGCAGAAGCUUGAGACAGAUCUAACUUCAGAUAUGCUAGCCUCUGGAGCAUGGAAGAAAGCGGCGUUCAAAAAGUACAACUUCGACGCAGAAGGUGUUUUGCCUCCAUCAGGUGCAUUGCAUCCAUUACUGAAAGUGCGUGAAGAGUUCCGUCAUAUCUUUUUCGAUAUGGGAUUCACAGAGAUGCCAACGAAUCGAUUCGUGGACUCGAGCUUCUGGUGUUUUGAUUCCAUUUUCGUCCCCCAACAGCACCCAGCUCGUGAUGUACAAGACACGUUCUUUGUCGCGGAUCCUCCAUCAGCCACGGAAGUGCCAGAAGACUACCUGAAACGUGUGAUACAAGUCCAUGAAAAUGGGGCAUAUGGCUCUAUUGGCUAUAGGUAUCCGUUCGACGUCAAAGUGACAGAGAAGCUCGUUUUGCGCACACACACGACAGCGGUAUCCUCGGCCAUGCUGUAUUCAAUCGCACAUCAGCCGGGUGGGUUCAAGCCAGCGAAGCUGUUCUCUAUUGACCGCGUGUUCCGAAACGAGGCAGUCGAUGCAACGCACCUGGCCGAGUUUCAUCAAGUCGAAGGUGUGGUUGCCGACUAUGGUAUCACCUUGGGUGAUUUGAUUGGAUUCAUGCAAGUGUUCUUUUCCAAGAUGGGCGUCAAGAACCUUCGCUUCAAGCCUGCUUACAACCCAUACACCGAGCCGAGUCUCGAGAUCUUUUCUUUCCAUGAAGGGCUGAAGAAAUGGGUCGAAAUCGGUAAUAGCGGCAUGUUCCGUCCAGAAAUGCUACGACCCAUGGGACUGCCAGAAGAUGUGAAUGUGCUCGGCUGGGGCUUGAGUCUCGAACGCCCGACAAUGAUUCGCUAUGGUAUCAAAGACAUCCGUCACCUUGUGGGGCACAAGGUGCCUCUUGAGAGCGUCGAAAGAGCCCCUGCUGUGCGCUUCUAA